AUGCCUGCUAGUAAUGAUUUACCCAGAGAAAACACAGAUGGAGAUCCCAAUUCCAGCACUCCUCAAGAUUUAGAAGCACAAUCGGUAACAUUAGUCACCCCUUCAGACGAACACAGCAUUCUGAGUCACCAGGGACAUAAUAUUUUCUGGGAGCACUACAUCAAAGAAUACCAUCCAAUAUGGAACAUAGCGUUCAUGUCCACUGGAAUAUGUGCCGGGAUACUGUACAAAUUCCCCUACCCUGCAAGAUGGUUGGAAGUCCUUGGGCUGAUAAUGUGGGGUAUCUCGCUCCUUUUAUUUAUAUUGGUAACUAGUUUCACCGCGUUGAAGCUGUACAAGUUUCCAGUAUUUCGCAAAGACCUCAUUCAAGAUCCAGCGUUUAGUGUUUUCUUGGGGCCUUACUCAAUGGGUUGGUCUACCCUGACUAACAUGAUCCAUUAUCUAGCAGACGGAAAGUUUGUGGUAGGACAGUUUGUGUUCUGGUGGAUAAAUGUCAUUCUUGCCAUCUUUUGUGGUUGGUUUCUAGUGUUCAUCCUUUUUUCAAAAUCCAAGAUCGGCCCUCCACAGGUUAACUUUUCAUUGAUUCUGCCGGUUCUACCACUGACAGUGUGUGCAGCUUGCGGAGCCCUGGUCGCUCGAGACAUGAAUGACCACAGAAGUCUUCAAAUGACUACCAGCAUAGUUUCAUUCUUGCUAUGGGCAAAUUCCAUUUGCCUAGGGUUCGGAUUCAUUUAUGUCUUCUUUGGUAGACUGCUACUGCUAAAGCUCCCUCCCAAAGCUGCUACCUUCGCUACUUUUGCCCCGAUAGGCCUUAUGGGACAAGGAGCGUGGGGCAUAGCCAACCAGUCUUAUAAUAUGUCCAAUUUCUUUGGUGAAACAGAAAACUUACUUAAUCACGAUUUGGUCCGUGUUGUUAUCCAUUGGGAGUGUUUCUUUUGGUCCUUAAUACUUCUUUCGUUUGGAUUUUUCAUCUUAGCAAUCUCCACAGCGACAUGUAUAUUCUACUACCCUAUUCCAUUUUCACGAGCAUGGUGGACGAUGACUUUCCCCAUUGGUACCCUUUCGGUUGGUUGCACACAAGUGUAUCAUUCCUUUGGAUUGCCAGCAUUCAGAGUGAUGGGAGCGAUUUUUGGUACAGUAUGUAUAUUGUUGGUAUUGGUUUGUUUGGUGGGAUCCGUGAUAGUGGAGUUCCCUCAUGGGCCUGCUAAAUUGAAGGCCCGUGCUUCCCAGAACCUAAAGUUAUAG